AUGAUACUUCUAAUAGUAUCCCCAGUCUCGCCUCCUUCAACCGGUGCGAUCUCGGUAUUGUCGAGCCUGCUGGACUCAGUCUUCGGUGAAAUCGGUAGCGUGAUGGCGAAGGGCAAAGCGAUGCAGACGAAGAUGAGAGCGAACAAAGUCGUUCCAUUCGCAUCGAAAGUACAACCUAGACAUUUGGAAUUGGAGCCGCUCUGUUGUUUGUCGUCAUGUCUUGUUCGCGGCGGAUGUACUGCAGUUGUCGCAUUCGAAGUGUUCUACGUGCUGGCCACGCUGCUGAUUGUGAUUGGAAGUAUGUCCGUCGGUGGAUUCAAAUUGUGGAAGCCGUUACCUCAGACAUUCAACCCUUGGUUUCGUCAUCAUCUCUUUUAUUAUUGUAUCAUCGUCUACGAUGUGGCUAGCCGCUUUUUGAAAUUCCUCAUUCUCCACUUUCAUGCCAUAUUUCAGGUGCUGGUGCGUGUUCACUAUCCGUUCUGUUACGUUUCACUGCUGGUGAAUCUGGGUUUUCUGGUGUUCUCCGUAUGGACAUUCUCGUCACCUGGUCCAUAUACAUGGACUCCCACCAACUGUUUACUUGUCCUCUGUUUCGCCAUGCAGAUUCCUCUACAGAUUUGGGCAAUUACUGUGGUGAAAAGCUGUCAGGACUUCUUCUCUUUGAUCCAUGUUUUCAUCACUAUGGCAGAGGCCUAG